UUGCCACCUUGGAAGGGGGAACACCGAGUGACCUGGCUCCAGGGCUGAGUCAUGAAGACCACACUGCAGUUUCUGGAGCGAGGGAUGGGCUGCAGACCAGAGGGAGAGACAGAGCGACAGCAUGUGAACCGGGGAAGUGCGUGUUGACCUCAAGAGCUAAUCCCCAGAGCGAGCAGGAGGAGGCACCAGACCAGGGGUACGUCAAGGAAGGCCGCUUUCGGAUUGAGGAGAGAACACUGACGGCUUUCCAGUGGCUGUACUCCCCGUACCAGCAUCAUAUUGUCAGCCGAGCUGAUCUGGCAUCACCAAGCAGGAUUGACAAAAAAAUGCUCGCCAGUCUGAAGAUCAAGAAACAGGAGCUGUUAAACAACACAGAUGUGACCAUUCCAGACCGACCUUUAUCCCCUCCACUCACUGCCCCAGCAACCAUGAAGUCUGCAGAGUUCUUUGAAAUGCUGGAAAAAAUGCAGGCACCAAAACCUGAAGACCAGAGAACUGGAAGCCAGAAAAAUAAGGAAGAUUACAUCCCAUACCCCAGCAUUGAUGAGAUUUUAGAGAAAGGAAGCCCUUAUCCCUUGAUCAUUCUGCCCCAGUUUGGAGGGUACUGGAUUGAAGAUCCGGAAAAUCUCAGCACGCCUACCUCAUCGGAUAGCAGCAUCUCUGAAGAGGAAGAGGAAAACCUUAGCCCUAGCACGCAUGGGUAUAAAUUAGAGUGCAAAGGUGAAGCCAGGGCAUACAGAAAACAUUUUCUAGGGAAGGAUCAUUUAAAUUUUUAUUGUACAGCCAGCAGCCUAGGAAAUCUGAUCCUUUCUAUUAAGUGUGAAGAGGCAGAUGGUACUGAAUAUUUACGGAUUAUACUCAGGUCCAAACUGAAAACAUUACAUGAAAGAAUCCCCCUGGCAGGACUUAGCAAGUUUCCUAGUAUCCCACAGAUUGCAAAGGCUUUCUGUGACGAUGCCUCCGGACUGAAAUUUAACCCAGUCCUGUACCCCAAGGCAUCCCAGAUGAUAGUGUCUUAUGAUGAGCAUGAGGUUAAUAACACAUUUAAAUUUGGUGUGAUUUAUCAAAAGGUUAAACAGACUUUAGAGGAAGAACUGUUUGGGAAUAACGAAGAGAGCCCUGCUUUCAAGAACUUCUUGAGUUUGCUAGGGGAAACCAUAACUCUCCAGGAUUUCAAAGGUUUCCGAGGGGGUCUGGAUGUAAUGCACGGUCAGACUGGUACCGAGUCUGUGUACACGGUGUUCAGGGACAGAGAGAUUAUGUUUCAUGUCUCCACAAAGUUGCCUUUUACUGAAGGAGAUGCACAGCAGCUCCAGAGAAAGAGACACAUUGGUAACGACAUAGUGGCAAUUAUAUUUCAAGAAGAAAACACUCCAUUUGUCCCAGACAUGAUUGCCUCAAAUUUCCUGCAUGCAUACAUUGUUGUGCAAGUGGAGAGCCCUGAGACAGACAAUGAAUCUUACAAGGUGUCGGUCACUGCCCGGGAAGAUGUCCCUUCGUUUGGUCCUUCUCUGCCAAGCCCGCCAGUAUUUCAAAAAAACACAGAGUUCAGGGAGUUCCUGCUUACCAAACUCAUCAAUGCUGAAAGCGCUUGCUGCAAAUCUGACAAGUUUGCAAAGCUGGAGGACCGGACACGAGCCGCAUUGCUGGACAAUCUCCAUGAUGAGCUCCAUACACACACACAGGCAAUGCUAGGGCUGGGGCCGGAGGAAGAUAAGCUUGAGAAUGGAGGUCAUGGAGGUUUCUUGGAAUCAUUUAAGAGAGCCAUUCGAGUCCGCAGCCAUUCAAUGGAAACCAUGGUGGGGAGUCAGAAGAAACAUCACAGUGGAGGGAUCCCAGGGAGCCUGAGUGGAGGAAUCACCCACAACAGUGGGGAAAUAACAAAGACCACCUUCUCGCCUCCCGUAGCCGCAGCAACAGCCAAGAACCAGUCAAGGAGUCCUAUUAAGCGACGGUCGGGGUUGUUCCCCCGCCUGCACACUGGAUCAGAAAGCCAGUCAGAAAGCAGGACGAGAUGUGACAGUGUCUCAGGAACACAGAAGACACCAGACGGGGGACAUUCUUCUCAAGACAUGAAAUCAGAAACCUCAUCUAACCCCAGCUCUCCUGAAAUAUGCCCCAACAAAGAAAGGCCAUUUAUUAAAUUGAAAGAGAAUGGAAGAUCAAACAUCUCACGCUCUUCAUCAAGUACCAGCAGCUUCGGCAGCACGGCAGGGGAGAGCGAAACCUUGGAAGAAUACGACAGCGUGGGCAGCCAGCCAUCCACAGCCUCGCCUUUCAAACAGGACGUGUUUGUCUACGGCUCGUCUCCCAGCAACGAGAAUCCGAGCAUGGCAGCUGCUGCUACACCGGUAAUCAUGAGCAGGAGUCCCACAGAUCUAAAGAGCAGAAACUCUCCGAGGUCCAAUCUAAAGUUUCGCUUUGAUAAGCUUAGCCAUGCCAGUUCCAGCACGAGUCACUAGCAGGCAACAGACAACAUGAACUUGUAAAAGUUUAUUUCUGUUAUAACAAAGGGAAAAAUUCUUCUCUUCCACCAUCAAAUGGGAAACCGUAUUAGCUACACUAAUAGCAACUGCCACGCUGCAUUGUGAGAUCUUCAGCUGUACCUUUAAGUAAGUCGAGAAGAAACUGCCCUCUCGCAGUCAUUUCUGUGUUCUAACAAGAACCCAUCUUUUCAGAAUGGUAAGCAAGUUGCUCGACUCCCAUUUUGUCUGACAAAACCCAUCCUUGCACUGCAGCAGGAGAGGCAUUUUCUACCAUGUACUUGAAGUAACUUCACCCUCUCGCUUGGUACUCUGAAAUGUGUUAGCCUCGUGUGCGCCUUGUAUGUACUGUAGCUAUUUGUCCUAAGAUGAGUGUUGUUCAUCUUGUAUAGCUUUCACUGGAAAAAGACAAUUCAAUAACAAAUCCUGUUUCCCAUAGGCUCUUUCAUAUUGCAACUCUGUGUCUAUCAAUUUGAGCUAGCAUAUGAUUUUCCUUGUCCUUGUAAGCAGGACAGACAUUCUCUGUCAUUUCAGGAUGUCUCUGUGCUUUAGUGACCUAAUGAAAAACAGCUUGCCAGUUUGUUUGUUUUUUAAGGGUGGGGGGAGCUUGUCAGGAGACAUGUACAAGGUCUUUCAACUACAUUUAUUUGACUCUCAGUUUGGACAGGAGGGAUUUCCUCCUCCUCCUCCUCCUUACUUUGCUGUGAUUCAUUAGGGGAUUUUGGAGAAAAUCAAGGGCAAAAUUCUGUGCUGCUGUAAAUCAGUAGAUCUUUGAUUUCAGAGAGGGACUGUGGUCGAGUGGAUGUGGCCCCGUGCGUGAACUUGAGCAGUAACUUCUGUGGGCCCGUUCCCUUCCUCCUUGUUAGGGUCUCAGAUGAUGGGUCUGUUCAGUGCCAGGCACACUAGGACCUCCAGGCACUCCCACACUAGAAAUAAUAGUAAUGGAGGCUCUGCCAUUUUACAGUAGAGAAUUUGGCCCUCACUCUUUAUGGGCUGGAGAAUAGCCACUUGGCUGGAAUCUAUCCCCAGCAAGCAAAUUACAAGCUGUUAAGAAGCGGACUUCUGUUGUUUGUGUAAACUCGCUUGGCAGAACUGUGUAACCCACCUACUCAGAGGAAGUUCAUCCCCUUUGCUGUGUAAUGGAUUAGACACAUGCUGUGGGGAGCGGCUGUGCAAAGUCAAAAUAGGGCUGGGAAGAAGGGAACCUCCCUCCCCCCCUGUGAAUAGAGAGUGAUGAAUAAGCAAACUCCAUCCACUCAGAACCACAAAACAACUCUCCAGCUAGUGGUCUACAUCACCCUGAGGUAAGGCUGAUUUCUGCAAACAGGGCUUGUACUUGAGCAAGGUUCUCCUUUGCUUCGGCAGCAGCGGUGUGGUUCGUAUUUUUAUGGGUGCCGUGAUAGUAUACAAGAG